CAAAGUCGAAAUUAGAAUGCAGCCGUCGUUAUAGAAGUCUGGGUCAGCUACCGUGGCGGUUAGCCAGCGAUGUCCUGCGUAUUAUUAACGCACGCAUGCGGCGUCCGUCUUGUUGCUCAACUAAAUCACAUUUCGUAUAAAACGUGACGAUGCGCUGGAGACGACACAGUCCACCGACUCCUACUUUAGCGUCCGAACUUGUGAGCAGUCACACAAACUAAGCAAAAUGAUUGCCAAAUUCGUUGUCGUCUUCGCCUUAGCUCUAGCCUCCACCAGCGCCAGUGUGCUGCCCCUAGCCGCGGCCCCAGCUGCGCUCGUGGCUCCAGCCGUAGCCCCUGCAGCGUACGCCGUGGCCCCCUACGCCAGUUCCUACUCCGCGCACUCCGUCAACCAUGCGGUAGCCACCCCCGUGGUUGCCCCCGCCCCACUGGUGGCCGCCGCUGCUCCGGUUGUCUCUUCUCCUUACGUUGCCGCUCCCGCUUUUGCCCCAUCUCCGUACUUUUCCAGAUACGUAGACUCCCCUUAUAUCUUUUAAACGAAUUUGGUGAUAUCAUUGCCUUAGUGACUUGCUCAAUAUAAUAUGUACUAAA